AUGAAGUUUGUUUCAUCUGCUGAGACAGAACCAGCCAGCACGACAACAAUUUCUGAGGAUUCAAAGUCAGGUCGAGGUAUGAGCACAAUGCCUUGUGUUGUGAAGAGAAAAUUUCAGAAAAUCAAGCCAGUUGUUGAGUACAAUAAAAGGGGGAAAGGAUGUGGCCCUGCACAUACUGAGAUGCAGCCUUACAUGGGUGUGUUGGCACGCUCCAGAGUCCCACUUGUGGACAGGAAAUGGGCUGAAAUCCCCAAGGAUAUAAAGGAGCAGAUUUGGGAAGCCGUUGACAUGGCUUUUGUGGUUGGUCAAGGGGGCAAGAACCUGGUGUUAUCUUCUGCUGCCAAGAAAUGGAAGGAUUUCAAGUCUACACUAACGAGGCAUUAUAUCCUUCCAUACAUCAAGGAGAGGGAGAAAUUAAGCCAACCCCCUGAACUAUAUAAAUUCAUAGAGAAAGCAGAAUGGGAUGCCUUUGUGGCUUCAAGGUUAUCCCAAGAAUUUGUGUUUGUGCAUUCUCAACAUUCAAAGAUUAGGGAGAAACUUGAGUACAAUCAUCGAUUGUCUCGAAAAGGAUAUGCUGGUUUGGAGGAUCAAUUGGAGGAAACCAUGCCUGGGGUAGAAAUUGAUCGAUCUACCUUAUGGAAGAAAGCUAGACAAGACAAAGAUGGUAACAUCCCGAAUCCAAAGGUGGCAGAGAAAGCAAAAUUAAUUGAUGAAUUGCAAAAACAAGUCGCUGAAGGCAUUCUCAGUGUAUUUGGCAGUAAUGAUGUGUUGACCUUGGCUUUGGGUCCCGAGCAUCCAGGGAGAGUAAGAGGGGUAGGUGUUGGGAUUUCCCUUAGGCAAUACUUCAAUUUACCUAGACAACAGAAGGUAAAGUUUGCCGAUCAAUUGAAGGAAAGUGUAAGAAUUGUCCUUCAAGAAGAGACUAAGAAGAUGGAAGCUAGAUCAAGGGAAGAGACUUUAAGGAUGGAGGCUAGAACCAAGCAAUUGGUAGAGGCUGAGAGGGAACAUUUACUGAGUCAGCUUUCCCAACUCAUCCCCAAUUUUGAUCCAAGCAUGCUUAAACCGAAAACUAGCCCCUGUCAAAACCAAGGUCUAGAGCAAAGUCCCAAAAAUCCAAUGUCUGACAAAGCAAACUGCUCUGGGGAUGUGAGAUCCCUACAUUUUGAGGAUGAUACUGCCAAAAAUGGGGAAAAGCAGGAAGAAAUUAAAUCUGGGGAUUUAGAAAAUCAAGAUGAAGAGAAGAAAGAAGAAAAAAAAGUUGAAGAGAAUAAAGAAGAAAAAAAAGAUGAAGAAAAAAAAGAUGAAGAGAAGAAAGAAGAAAAAGAAGAUGAAGAGAAGAAAGAAAAAAAAGAAGAUGAAGAAAAGCAUGAUGAGAAGGGUAUUUAUUCAAAGGUGGAGGUGCCAUCUUCCUUACAAUCCCUUUGUCGUUAUGUGGAAACCACACUAAAGCCUCAGGAGAAGAUCAUGACCUUUACAAUUAGGAAGGAGGUGUUUGGUGCAGAUCUCAGUACCUUCGUCUUGCCUGAAGAUAUUACACAGUUAGCAGGCAUGGAAGAAAUUGGGGCUACUGUGCUUGCAGUAUAUAUGAGGUGCUUAUAUGAUCAUUUGAAAGUAGCAAAUAUGCUCAACAUGGUUGGCUUUAUCGACCCUGCUCAAGUUAGUGCCAACGCUGGAGUAAAGAAGGAAACCGUCUAUUUUCUGGAUCUUCUGCCCGGAAAUCGUGUGGUUAACGAGGAGGCCAAAAACAUGGUGAACAGUGCUAUAAAAAUUUAUAAUUCCCACAUAGACAGACAAGGCCGUAAAGCACCCAUUUGGAAUACUCUGCCAGGCACACCAAAGCAACCUAGCAGUGUCGAAUGCGGGUAUUAUGUCAUGCGCUUCAUGAGAGACAUCAUCAUGGAUCCUUCCCUGGAGUUUGAGAAGACGUUUGCCAAGGGAAAAGAGCAAGCGUCAUACCCCCAAGCAGCCAUUGAUGAAGUCAGGAAUGAAUGGGCAGAGUUUGUUUGCCUUCAUGUGCACUAG